AGUUCUGAUUGGCUGACGGACUUAGAGUGGGAAAAAUGUUUAAUUAAGUAGAUAAUCUCUUCUUACGAAUUUCGGUGGCUCUAUUUCAUCCCCCCCCACUUGCACUUCAAGACUGAUUGUCCUUCAGCCUAGUUUGAAUCUGGGGGUCAUUCAACUUCUCUUCACACUUGAGGAGCACAGGCGAGAAGCUCCUUUUUAAGACCUACUUUCGCUCUCGGUCUGUCUUUCCUUCUCUCUCCCACUUCUUUGUGUCUCUUUGGAUUAUGUUUCGGACAGGCUCUUAUCCAGGCACGGUGCUCCUUGUCUCCUUCUUCCACUUCAGCCACCCUUGGUCAGUGAACAAUUUCCUGAUGACUGGUCCCAAGGCCUACCUCAUCUACUCCAGCAGUGUGGCCGCCGGGGCACAGAGCGGAAUUGAGGAAUGCAAAUUCCAGUUUGCCUGGGAUCGCUGGAACUGCCCUGAGAGAGCUUUGCAGCUUUCCAGCCAUGGAGGUUUACGGAGUGGUGUCUGCAGUGGGGAUCCUGUUCACGCAGCUUCUGCAGCUCUCUCCUGUCUUUGCUCCACAGCAAACCGAGAAACAGCAUUUGUGCACGCCAUCAGCUCUGCUGGAGUCAUGUACACACUGACACGCAACUGCAGCCUUGGAGAUUUUGACAACUGUGGAUGUGAUGACUCCCGCAAUGGACAGCUGGGGGGGCAGGGAUGGCUGUGGGGCGGAUGCAGCGACAACGUGGGCUUUGGAGAGGCCAUUUCCAAGCAGUUUGUGGAUGCCCUCGAGACCGGGCAGGAUGCCAGGGCAGCGAUGAACCUGCAUAAUAAUGAGGCGGGCAGAAAGGCAGUAAAAGGGACUAUGAAGAGGACCUGUAAAUGCCACGGGGUGUCUGGCAGCUGCACCACACAGACCUGCUGGCUGCAGCUGUCCGAGUUUCGAGAAGUGGGUACAUACCUCAAGGAGAAGUACCACAAGGCGCUGAAAGUGGACUUACUCCAGGGGGCAGGCAACAGCGCAGCCAGCCGGGGGGCUAUCGCUGAGACCUUCAGCUCCAUCUCCAAGAAGGAGCUGGUCCACCUGGAAGACUCGCCCGACUACUGCCUGGAAAACAAGACCUUGGGCCUGCUGGGGACGGAGGGCCGGGAAUGCCUCAAGAGAGGCAAGGCCUUGAGCAAGUGGGAGAAGCGGAGCUGCCAGCGCUUGUGUGGGGACUGUGGGCUGGCCGUGGAGGAGCGGCGAGCCGAGAUGGUGUCCAGCUGCAACUGCAAGUUUCACUGGUGCUGUGCUGUCCGUUGUGAGCAGUGUCGCAAGCGAGUCACCAAGUACUACUGCAUCCGCAAAGAGAAACGGGAGCGCAGCGGGGGCGGUGGAGUACUCCGCAAACUCAAAAGGAAGCAGCCCUAAUGUUCGCACCCACCCCUGACCCUAACCCCCUCAACCUCCUCUCACAAAUCUCUUCAUUUCUUAUUUUUCAUGUGUGUCGGCAGCACUGAGGAAAGAAGGUGAUCUCUGCAUUGCAUUUAAGGUAGAGCAAAGUGUCCCGGUUUGGGAUGUGCGCAGGGAAGAUGUUCACAGAAGUUCCAGCAAAGAUGAAGCCACCCCAGACUUCGCCAACUGUUGUGAAGCAAGUCUAAUUUUGGACUGGUUGACAAUUGACCAUUUCUCCAAGGAAAGGAUUGCAGCAGCCCUUUUGACAGGGGCUUUAGGGGUAGUGUUACCAACCUCCAGAUGGGGCCUGGAGAUCUUCCAGAAUUACAACUGAUCUGCAGGUGACAGAGAUCAGGUCCCUUGGAGAAAAUGGCUAUUAUACCCCACCCCUCACUCCCCCCACCUGUUGUAGCAUUAUACUCCAUUGAUGCUCCUCACCUCCUACACUCUGGCCUCCCCAGGCUACGUGCCCAAGCCUCCAGGGAUUUCCCAGUCCAGAACUGGCAACCGUAUGGGGCAGCCUACCCUUAUCAGGAGCUAGAAAACAUUCCAGGGACCAGCAUCCAACUAGAUCACCUUAGGGCUCUUGCAUCCAAUUAGGUGGGCCCAAGGUUCAGAGUCAGACUCCGGGGGACAGGAUUCUGCUUCUCUUCCCAGAACCAGACGUGACAGUCUUUUCUUUCUCCUAACCUCUGCAUCAAAAUCCAGUUUGCUCCUUGAUCAAAGAAGUGACUCGGGGUUUCAUGGGAAUGAAGGAGGUCAUUUUGGAGCCUUGACGGUAUUUAGAGGCUCUUUGCAAUAGCUGAAUCUGCAAACUGCUCUCAAGAGGUCGAGGCAAACUGGCUGUGUGAACAGGAGGAACCCUGCAAGUGGAACGAGAGGAAUGGGAGCUAGGAAUCCUUUGCAGUGGAAGUUUUGGAGGGAAGGUGGAUCAGAGCGGGACGUGUGGGCCAAGUGGGGAGGAGGCAGGUUGGGAAAUUUAUAAACCCACAUUUUGGCUGUUUCUUCGCUUUCAUGACAGAUAAAAAAAAUUGCCAGCUUUUUCUGAAAAGUAAAAAAGAUCUCCAUUUUCUGAACUUUUAUUUUCAUAAACAGAAAAUCGUGGGGUGGGAGGAUGUUGCUGCCCAAUAAAUCCACAGUGUAUUAUUUCUGCUACCUGGCUAAUAUUCAGAGUAUAGUAUCAGUACCCCGAGGAAUUUUUCAUUCCUCCUUGGCUCUGCUGUGGAUGGUGCCACCUGGGCUUUCCUGGAACGGUCUCCUCCAUCCCUUUGAUCAUCUCUGCAGCAUUCAGCAGUGCAACCCGGUGUGAAUAAGGGUUUUAGGAGCUCUGGCGGGAAGAGUUCAGGGUGCCAUUUGACCUUCUUAAUCAGCUGCUGUCUCAAACACACUGGUUUAGGGAUCCCAUGACUCGCUGUCUCAUGCUGAUGCAAUGCCUCUGGCUCAUCCGCUGCGGCUUCCAGUAGUGGGUGUUCCAGCUGUCCUGGUCCCCCAGAGUUACACUACAGAAUAAAUCCCCCAGCUUCUCCCAACACCAGCCCAGAAAAGUUAUUCCAAGCAGAGCAAACGGGAGCACUGAUAAGACACAUGAAGGUUGAGAGCCAACUGAGGCAGGUCUUGGCACCCGGCUCCCUGUGACAAGAACUUCAGAGCAGAGUGUCAGAGUCAGGCUAAGCAGUUUAGAGGACACAGUGAUAGCCUGUGCUGAGCAGAGCCAUUCAGACGUUUGACCUGGAACGAGCACAUCUUGAGCCCAGAGGGAAAGGAAGCCAACUCCAAGCAGGUUUGCCAUAGGCCACGAGGAGCCCACCCCACCCCCACCCCAUGCCAGAGAUUAUCUUUUGAGGGCACAGAAUUUGGAGUGUUGUAUCCCUUGCAGUCAUCCCCUUGUGGGAGGGAAUGUACACUGUUAAAACUCCUUUCAUGUCCUCUAUGCCUCUUUCAAAAACCUUUUCCUUUGAUGAAGGGGAAUUGCAUUGUAAAUAGGAGUUAAGCACUUUGAAGUUUUAAUUUAUUGCACAGUUAACUGUGAUGUAUACACAACUGUUUGCUUGUCUAGAUUCCAUACUUUGAUGAGCUUAGUAAAAGCUUUGUAACUGGAUGGAAGACAUAUUUGGCCACACAAUGGGAUACACAGAAGUACUUUAUCAUGGUAUGCAGGAAAUUCCCCAUGGGGUAUGAUAUACCAAGAAGCAGAGGUAGUUCCCAGGAAAAGAAUUCAUCGACUGAAUCUUCCGGAGUUACUUUUCAACACUGGGAUAGUUCUAAACCAAUCUACCUACUUCUUACUGGCCAGUAGACCUGUAGCUUGUUAGUCAAUAAUAAAUUGAAAGCUGUGGUAACUAAAA